UUGAAAAUUUAACACUAUUUUCAAUCUAACUUUAUCUUUCUUUCCCCUUUCCUCCUCCUCCCUCAACAAAAGCCGUCUAAAAUUAAACUCCUCGCAACAAAACCAUUUCGACUUCUCAAACCCUAAUUUACAGUACACCGAUUUCGAUCUCCAUUUCUGUCAACUUCAUUAACCAACUGGAACAUUGACACAAAGGCAAAAAAUGGAAUGCGACUAUCUGCAGUCCAUAUGGUUAAUAUAUUCAUGUUUGGGGGAACUAUAGUUUGGUGAAUUCUUAUGUUUUCCCCUAAUAUUCGACUGUACCACCAGCUAAUUUUGGGUUUCCUUGGGAAGAGGUUUAGGCUAGUGUGAUACAUGCAUGACCAUUAAUAUGUACUGAGCAUAAUAAGCAGCAAAAUCAGAUUUUGAGGAGUCUUUGUGUUACACAUCAAGUUACAUACUUAUUGUGGUCCUCUGAAUCAAUGCAAUUUGAUAAGAGUUGUGUAACGAGAAAACUUUGACCUCUCAUUUCUCAUGCUCUCUUUUAGGUAAAUAUUUUCCAAGUAAAAGAACUGUUGUAAAUGACCUGUGGUCUAGGUUAUCUAUGCCUGGUAACGAAGUCGCAGACAAGGUCCACAAUUUCUUUGAGCAAGACAACUUGUCCGAGGGACAGCAUCAAUCUCAAGUUCCAGGUGGCAAUUGGCCGUUGCCAAAUAGCAACUUGUGGGUUGGAAGCCAGAGACAAGUUGGAACCCAGCUUGCUUCCAAUCUAAAGACUUACGGUGUACAACAAUCAGAUACUGAAAGAGGAAGUGGCACUCCUCCACGAAUUCCCCUUGGUUCAAAUCUUACACAGUUGACUUCCAGGACUGAGUUUGCGAAGAACCAAUUGAGAAACCAGCAGCAAGGAAAUGCUGUCAUGAAUAGAGACUCAGGAAGGCUGGAAGCUGCUGAAGCUUCUAGAAAUUUCCAUGGUGGGCAGCCACUCAUGAGGGGUCAGCAGGUUGGCGGGUCACAACCUCAGUCAAGGCAGCAGCAGCAGCCAGGGCUUAAUGACUUGCCGGUAUGGCAACAAAAUCUUAUGCUUAGUCGAUUGCAGGAGCUUCAGAGACAGCGUCAAAUUCAGCUACUACAACAACAGCAGAAUCCGAUGAACAUUCCGCCCGCGUUGGCGAGACAGUUAGCUGAGCAGUUACCAUCUGUUGUCAAUGGAAUGCCCGUUCACGAUGGAUCCAACUUUUUUUGGCCGGGUGAGCACAUGGGAGGUGAACCAAAAGUUCCAAAUACCUCACAAGCGGUCAUGGGUGGCAAUAUGAAUUGGUCGCAGCAUGCUGGAUCUCCUUCUAUGCAUGGAUCUGCCAAUGGACCUAUGUUUUCACAUGAUCAUGGGCAGGUGGCUCGUUCCUCGGGACUGGUACAACAGCAGUUUGAUCAGUCGUUAUAUGGUGCUCCUGUUGCUAACACAAGAGGUGCAUUUAAUCAGAUUCGCAAUCAAGGAACGUCUCAUGAUUACGAUGAUGCAUCAAACAAGGCUAGAGGCAACCAAGGAUCAAAGCCUGCGGUUCAGUCACCGGCUUUUAAUAAUUCUUUUCAUGGCAACCAAUCCACGAUAUUUCAAGAUGAUGUAAGCACGCCUGAUAACCAUUUCACUUCUAAGCAGGAAUUUCGUGGAAGGCUUGAUCCUAGUGGGUGGCCUGGAAACUUACAAGAAAAAGUGAUCUCUCAAGUUGGACCUUCUCAGGAUUCAGUCAGCUUAGAUCCUACAGAGAAAAAGAUUUUGUUCAAUGAAGAUGAGAAUUGGGAAUCUCCAUUUGGUGGUGGGGUUGGAAACACUGGAGCAGGAGGCUUUGGUAACGCUAUGGAAAGCUCAGAAUUUGCAUUUUCUUCCAUGCAGAGUGGUAGUUGGAGUGCUUUAAUGCAGUCUGCCGUGGCAGAAACGUCUAGCAGUGACACUGGAGUUCAGGAUGAGUGGAGUGGUUUGAGUUAUCAACAGACGGAUCAAUCAACUGGAAAUCAACCUGGGACGUUUAGUGAAAGUGGUAAGGAACGGGCCAGUUGGGUUGAUAACAAUACACAUAAAACCUCUUCUUUGACUUCGCGGUCUUUCCCGUUGUUUGAUGAUGCCAAUAUGGGUCCAAAUAGUUCUAGCAUCCCUGGAUUUCAGCAACCAGGCAUCAAAUCAUCCUUUCAACAAGGGCAAGCGGUACAGAACAAUGUGCCACAUGAAUUUAUCCAGGAAACCCCCAUGGGAGGCCAGUGGUUGAAUCAAAAUAUUCAAAAGAAGUCACAGGUUGAGGGGAUUAGUCAAGUUCAAUCGUCAACGGUGGUGGAUAAUGCUCCAGAAGGUGCUUGGAAUGGCCAUUCUUAUGAGCAAUCGGAAAGUUCUGCACAUUCGGCUGAAACUGAGUUGAAUGCUCAUGCGAUGCAAGGCUCUUGGGUUCAUAGAAAGAGCAUGUCUUCGUAUAACACUAGCGGCACACCUUCUAAUAAUCAAAAUGGUUGGAAUGUUAAUGAUACUAUGUCACAAAGGGGAAAUGUGGCAUCGACGUUUUCUGAUAAUUUAAGCAACAUACAACUUUCUCAAGGAAGUGACCAGAAGAGAGGAAUGCAAACACAAAAAGGCCAUGAUAAUGGUAUAUGGAAGGUCAGUGACAGUCACAUGGAAAAUUCCUUCCCUAGUUCGUCUGGAGUACCAAAUCCAACCAUUGCAAGGGGCAACCAGGAAACAAACCGACAUAUCCAAAAUACACAUCAAACAGAUAGAGUGGAGACUGUGGAAAACUUCCAGCAUCAUUUUGACAAUGGACCACGGGUUUUCGAAUCAUCUAUGAAUAACUCAGACAAUGGAACAACUGAAAAUUUCAAUGGGAAGCAAGAAAACUUCUACCAGAAAGAGAGCUCAAAUGAUAGUCAGAAGUCUAACCAAUCUCAUCAUACUGUUUUAAGUGGGAGUCUGCGAAAAAAUGUGUUAACUGGAAGUGAUUCACAUGCAUUGACUAGUGGCAAUCAGAUGUUUGAGGCAAAGCUCGGACGACCAGCACAUGGUCCACGUGAUUUUCAGCAUCAUCCAGUGGGAAAUUUGGAUAUGGAUCCUACUGACAGCAGGGAUCAUGUAAUCCACCCAGAUAACCAAUCUCAGCAAGUAAUUCGAGGAUCGAAGUCUCAUGAAUUAGGGCACUUUGGGCAGUCAAAAUUUGUUGGCCAUCUUCGUGACAAAGCUAUAGACAUGGGAAAGGGGCAUUCUUCUGAAAUUCAUGGAAAUCCAGACGGACCAAUGGAGAUGCCUCCCAGAGGCACUCGUCCAGGUUAUGGUUCUCGCAUAACUGGCUCUUUUGAUGGAAAGUCUGGCCUUGUCACUUCAAGCCCAAAGGCUCUUCAAUCUAGUGAUUUUGGCCAUGGCAAUCAAAAUAUGCUUGAGCUAAUUCAUAAGGUAGAUCAAUCAAGGGAGCAAAGCGUUGUAAGGCACUUAGGCUCCUCUGGUGCACAUCCUUCAUCUGAGAUGCCAGAGUCAGAAGCUUCCCAUGGAUCCAUUACUCAACAUCAAGUGAACCAUCCUUCUUCUAUGCAAGGGUUUGGUUUACGCUUGGGUCCUCCAUCUCAACGGGUUCCUGCAUCAAACCAUGUUUUCUCUCCUCAGAAUCCUUCAAAAGCAGUUAAUGAUCUGAAUUCAAGAUAUGUUGAAUCUGAUGUUGGAGAGACACGUGUUAUGCCAACUUCACACCCUUCUCAUGAAAUAUCUGAAGGAGUAAAUCAAGACAACAAACUUAGUGGUGCAGGCCAAUCUGGAAGUCAAACCUGGAAUACGCAUGCAAAAUCUUCUGAGGCAACAUCCUCAAACAAUGAACUGCAACGACAGCACAUGUCUGGUGCAAGUGGCCAAGUGAUGAACAAUCAUACCUUUGCUAGACACUCUUCCUUUAUACAGCCACACAACUCACAUGAUGCACCCCUAGCUGAUCAAUCUACCCACGCUUCACUGCCUGGUGCAACUAGCAAGAUUUCACCCUCAAAUCAUGAUCCAGCCUUGCAGCCUACUCUUAUGCCAGGCAUGUCUCAUCAGGGUACCUCUUCAGUGCUGCCUAAUGUUUGGAAUAAUGUCCCCACUCAGCACCAUCCAGCUAGUAUUCGACCUCACAAGGUUCCCCUUCAAUCCAUCCACUCGUCGAAUAAUAAUCCUGCAUCUACUUUAGCCACGCACAAUAGUCAAGAAAUCGCGAAAAGAGAAAAUGUUCCAUCUGAUUAUGGUAUAUGCUCUGUCAAUUCUCAGCAGUCCUUCGGGGAGGAGCGAUUUGAAAAAGAAAGCUCCUGGCGGCAGCCACCAUCUGAAAGGACGGGCCUGGUCUCACAGAUAUCCGGUGCUUCCCAAGAACCCCAAGUCAUGGCAGCCCGUGCACACCAGCAGGAAGCUGAUAGGGAAAAAUAUGGAAAAGACUCAUCUAUGGUUGCCCAUACAGAUCACGCAUCUCAGCAAACCACUGCUGCUUGCAGCAGAGAUAUUGAAGCCUUUGGUCGCUCUUUGAGACCAUCUCAAAAUUUACAUCAAAGUUACUCCUUGCUACAACAAGUUCAGGCUGUGAAGGGUGUGGAGAAUGAUUCCAUUAUGAAUGAUGCUAAGAGGUUUAAAGGAGCAAAUUACGGUACGGAUAUGCAAAGGAUAGUUUCUAGGUCAGGACAGCAAUUAUUCUACGGGCAAAAUUCAGUUGCCAGAGACGGUGUUGAUAAUGACCCGAAGGAAGCAGGUCAGCAUUCUUCAUAUCCAUCUGAUGGCAAUAAGCCACUGACCUUUUCUUCCGAGGCAAGAGAAGUUCAGGUUAGACCUGCGUCUUCUGAACCUGGUCAUGGUGAUAUACCUUCUCAAGUUGGGCUCACGAUGGGGAAGAUGAGUCAUCGAAUUCAUUCUGGCCAUCCUAGUUUGACAUCUGGUGGAUCUGAGAGUCGUCAUGUUAGUCCACAAAUGGCCGCCACCUGGUUUGAGCAGUAUGGGGCUUUUAAAAACGGGCAGCUGCUGCAGAUGCAUGCUGCUCAAGGGACAUUGAAAAACAUUGCACAAAACUCAGUUUUUGGGAAGGUUUCGGAGAGGUUGCAUGAAGAUGCUUUGACCAAUCAAAUCCAUGCUGAUGCCAAUCAAUUUGGAGGGGAAACUGCACCCACCAGUCUGUUAGGAGGUGAUAUUGUGUCUCGCUCUUCUCCUCCAGAUAAUGGUGAUAAAGGUUUAGCGGUUGUGGAACCAAAGAAGCGGAAAAGUGCUAGCUUAGAGCUGCUACCGUGGCAUAAAGAAGUGGCACAUGGUUCCCAAAGGCUCCAAAAUCUCAGUACCGCGGAAGAAGAUUGGGCUCAAGCUACAAAUCGGCUUGUUGAAAAGUUGGAAGAUGAAACUGAAAUGGGUGAAGAUGGGCAACUGCUGCUACGCUCACGAAGAAGGCUUAUCUUGACUACACAGUUAAUGCAGCAGCUCCUUCGCCCCCCUCCGCUGGCCAUCCUCUCUUCAGAUGCCACAUCAAAUUAUGAAAGCGUGACAUACACUGCCGCAAAGUUAGCAUUAGGGGACGCAUGCAGCCUGAUUUCUUCUUACUCGGGAAAUGAUUCAGAUGUAGCUCCUGAGAAUGGAAACACGACACCUACGAGAAUUAAAAUUACAAACAGAGCGUGUGAUCUGCAUUUCUCGGAGGUGGUGGAAAAUUUCAUUUCUAGAGCAAAGAAGCUUGAAAGUGAUUUAUAUAGAUUGGACAACAGGGCAUCGAUUUUGGACUUAAGACUGGAGUGCCAGGAUCUAGAGAGAUUUUCAGUUAUCAACCGUUUUGCCAAGUUCCAUGGCCGUGGUAAUGUGGAUGUGGGUGAUGCUUCUGGGUCAGCUAUACUGAAAACAGCCCCACAAAGAUAUGUCACAGCCUCUGCAAUGCCUAGAAAUGUUCCUGAGGGGGUACAAUGUCUCUCACUUUAAUCAUUAUAUAUUAGGGGGCUUACUCUUUAAUGUACUUCGGCAUCAGUAUCAAUUUUUUCAUCAGUAUAUAUGUAGGCUUUCUUGUAUAUUAAUUUUUUAAAAGUGAUGGAGUUUCCGAUUCAA